AGCCGAGCCGGAGCGGGGUUAUGAGUGUGACGCCAAGCAGGGCGGAAGUGGCGCUUGGCGUGGGUUCCAGGUGGAGGUUUGGAGCGAAACAGACACCCCCAAACCAAGAAAGAUGCUGGGUAGGCCGAAGCCUGGCGAAUCGGAGGAUGAUCUCCUUCUGUUCCAGCAGCAGUUCCUCGCAGCAGGAACAUCUCCAGCUGCCAAGAUUGUAAACAAGAGGAAGGUGCAAUCACAGAAUGCUGACAGAAUCCCAGUCAAUGCAGUCCCACGGGACACAGUCACAUUGGAAGCUCUUCCUGAUCUUCCUCCAUCACUGAUGCCAGCUCCACCAAAAAAGUCCAAGGCAGGUGCUGUUAAAUUCCAAGGAGAUGAUAGCGAGGAACAGAUGGAUCUACAGGAUCAACAUAUCACAGCAGUCUUGUCGAAGAUCAUUGAGAGAGACACAAGAGCAUCUCCAAUAUCCCUUCCUGUAUCGACAGGUUUGGCCUUCCCAAAGGUCUUUCAUAGGUCGGAGGUACAGAGUGAGGUGAAGCUGGUUUCAGGAAAGAAAAGUAUCUUUGCGCAGAAACUUGCUGCAAAGAAGGCAGCUGAGGCGACUCGGGCAGUGCCUUCUUUCAGUGGGUUCAGACCCCGGACUGGGGUCACACAGGAGCAAAGGUCACCUCCACCUCGAGUUACAGAGGUAUCGGAAAAGGAGCAAUCAACAGAUGGUGGAUCUGGAGGGAGACUGGGUGGGGAAUUAAGCCCUCAAGAAUCUCAAAGGAUUCAUGAGGAGAAUGUAGCCAGACUGCAGGCCAUGUCUAAAGAAGAGAUUGAGGAGGAACGCAAUAAUUUGCUGGCUCGGUUAGAUCCAAGUUUGGUUGCUUUUCUAAAAUCAAGAAAGUCCGAGGUGAGUUGCAGUGAAGGUGCCAAAGAUAAAAUGGAAUCACGUAAAACAGAGAAGACCCAUGAAGAGGAGCAGAUACAUUCGUGUUUAACGAGACAAUCUGAGGCCAGUCCAGCUGAGGAAGAACCAAUGGAUCAGAAGCCAACAGAAGAUGAUAUUCCACUGAAGCCUGAGAAAGGAUGGGUCCACAUGGAUGUCCCAGAGUAUGAGAAGCUGGAGUGGAUGAAAGAUCUGCCCAAACCCAGGCGAUGGAAAACUAACGAGGAGAUGCAAGCAAGGUUCAGUUUCCUUGGUGACUUAAUACCUCCAGGUGUCGAUGUUCCAACUCACUUGGGACUCCACCACCAUGGAGAGCAGCCUGAGCAAGCUGGGUAUUCACUGCAAGAACUCUUCCACUUAGCUCGCAGUCAAGUCAUUCAGCAACGAACCCUGGCACUUCAGACCCUGGCACGAAUUAUUCAAAAGGCAAAAGCUGGUGAUUUUUCCUCAUUGCUUAAGUACAGUAUCUUACGAAUGCUCCUGGAUGCUGGUCUCCUGUUUCUCCUACGGUUCUCGCUGGAUGACAGUGUGGAAAAUGUGAUCGCUGCCUGUGUCCAGGCCCUGAAAGCACUUCUAGUCUCCCCGUUCGAUGAGGAAUAUCUCGACAGGACCUUCUGCUGGUACUUGGGAGCUUCUGUAUUUCCCCUUCGACCUAACGAAGCGGAAGAGGAUGAUGAGGAUGAGGAGGAGGAGGAGGAGCCGAAGUCAAAGGGAAAUGAAAAUUCCAAGUCUAAGGAGGAUAAGAAAGCAGACCCAGAUGUUGCUCGUGCUGACACUGUGAAAGGUUUGUUGAAGAUGAAAGUGCUUCACCGUUUACGUUAUAUCCUCGAGGUUGUUCGACCUAUUCCCUCGGUCAGUCUUGAUAUAUUGGAGAUCUUGACUCGUAUAGCAAGACACUCCUCUGAGGCUUGUAAUGAGAUUCUGGGGUGCCCGAGGCUGCUAGACACUAUCGUUUCGGAGUUUCUGCCGUCCACCUGGAAGAUUCAGACUCCGAGAACAGGCGAGCCGAUGACUAGUACCCACAGUGUGCCAGUUGCAGCUGCCAUGAAACUUACCCGUGUCCUGGCAUGUGCUGGAAGGAAUAUGUCAGCUGUUCUGUUGAACAAACACAACAUGAAGGAGCGAAUUGGGAGGUUCGUAGCAGAGGAUCCUUGUGAUCUGCCACUGGAGCAACAAGAGGCCUUUGCGCUGAGCAUUGAGGCCUUGCGCUUAUGGGCUGUUGCAGCGAACUAUGGACAAGCAUGUGAUCUGUACAAGGACUUGUAUCCUGCACUGAUGAAGAUGCUUCAAACACUACCGAAACUUACCUCUCAGCCAAUGGAGGAUGGCCAGUUGUAUGGAUUUUACAUGCAGAGAGCUGAAGUGUUGAUUUGCCUCUUGAUCAACAUUACUAACAGCACAGGCUGUACUGCUGAACUGCAGGCCCAGCUCAUCUCCAGUAGCAGGGACCAAGUGGAACAUAUUCCCCCUCCUCCAGUAGACUGGAGCCAUGUAGCAGGUAUCAAACCCUUCCUGGAGGCCUGUGUCAAAAGGUGCCUUAAGGAAGUCAACUGCCCGGCAACAUGGAAUAAAGUGAGACAGCUGACAGCAACAUAUAUCAUUUAUCUGGGGACGUACUACAGCAAACUCAUCCAACAGCCAUCCUAUAGACCGGUUGACUGUUUAGAAGAACUGGAACAGUUUUGCUCAGCGACCUUGUUCCCAUUCCUUAGUCUGCCAGUAUUAGAGAGCAUGUUUGAGGAUCUCAGGUCACACUCUGCCCUGUGUAGCCCGAGGUCCUGCCACCCAGGGCCUGAGACUGUCCACAGUCUGGUCUCAUUGGGAUUCGCUGGGAGAGAGUCUCCCCUCAGCCUCCUGGGAUCCAAAUCUCCCUUUGCAUUCCUGACUGCAAUGCUUUAUCUGUUGAACACCAUCAGCAGUGUGCACAAGGGCUUGACAGAAAAGUGCUCAUCUGUUCUGCACAGCAAAGGUCUGCGAGAUUACCUGGUCCACAGCUGCAGAGGAAGCCCACCGAUCCACCACCGGUCUGCCUGGUUGCUGCGUCACGAGUUUCACUUCCAACACUUUGUACUUCAAUUGGCAUCCAAGGCAAUCACCAUCAGUCCUCAAGUUACUGGGCAAACUCCACUCUAUCACUAUGUUGCUGUCACGUUGCUAAGUCAGCUGCUCCCUGGAAGUGAGCAUUUGGCCCAUGAACUGCUCUCGAAGUUGAUCUUUAAUCAAGAUAUGAUUCCGGAAGGUAAAUCUGGUGGUCCUGAAGCGGAAGAUCUCUCCUGCAUUCUCCAGCUUCGAGCAGAUGGGGGCACUGCGGAACAAGUUCACUCUAACCCGACUCGUGGAACACUGCUGGGAGCAGCCUUCAAACAGCUCCCUACCAUCCGAGCCCACUACCUGGCUCACUUCACUCACGUCCAGCCUGCCGUCUCGCGGUCCAAGACUUUCUACACUGGGCAGAAUCAUUUGGUUCAAUCUGUCCUGCUCCCCGACAUGACAGGCGCUCUUCUGCCAGCUGAUUGGGCCUUCCUGCCCCUGAUCAAUCUUUAUGACCAGGUCAACCGAGUGGAAAUGAAGGGCAAGACGGUAGAGUCGCUUGCUGCCAACUUAGUGGAAAUGGUGACCAGCUGCCUCCAGUGGGCACUGUUGCUGGAGACCUGGCGAGGUGAACUCUUGCAGGGCCUGCCUCUGGCUGCCAAGCUGGCGAGACUCAUGUGCGUGUUCCUCACGGGCAGUAACCUAUUUCUGGAGCCAGGCAUUCACGACAACCUGACAGCCCUCCUGUUGAUCUACUGUCAGCGCAAGAAAAUGGACUCCCUGGACCUGAGUGCACCACUGCCAGGACUGACCUCCUUUCAGGAUCUGUAUGUUCGACUCCUCGAACAGUUUGAGAGCGUCUCAUUUGGCGACCAGCUCUUUGGCUGCUUUCUCCUGCUGCCCCUGCAGAGGAGGUUCAGUACCCAACUUCGCCAGGCUGUUUUUGUGGAGCAUGUUAGUGUAUUACGGACACUGGGAGUGCAGCUGAAGCAGCUGCCAAUCCCGUUGGAAAAUUACACCCACCCUGCCGAAACCUGCCUGGAUUUGCUGCGGCAGUACUUCAAGACCUUGGUGACGGGGACCCUCCGCCUCAGCUGGUGCCCCGUGCUCUAUGUGGUGGCAGUGGCUCACGUCAACAACUUCAUCUUCUCUCAGGAGGUUGUGGAUGAGGUGUUUGAUGCUGCCAGGAAGAGCAUGCUUCGGAAAUCCUACCUAUUAACGGAUGAGGCACUGAGAAGACAUCUGCUUCACUUCAAAUUGCCCAACGUGGAGUCACCCUGUGGCUUUGACAUGUACGAGCAGCUGCCCCUGAUGAGACGCAGGUGGAUGCAAAAAGUCCUCAGGGACCUUAUAUCUCCAGAAGUCGGGUUGGAGGCACAGUAAUGGGUGAGAAGCUGGCACCAGGGAAGGGGGGAUCCCAGUCCAGCAAGUGCUUUUCCAGUAGGCAUGCGAACCCGAAUCCCACAUGCCCUGAGAUCUGAAUUUGAGUGGAACGGCUGAGAGUUGUCUACCUGAACUGACUGACAAAAGUCCUUUUAUAUCUGAGAACUCCUCAUAUGUUUAUAAAGGUGAGUUUUAAUUUGCAGUCAGCUUGGGCCAUAAAGACGGUGGCCUGGAGCCAGACGUUGGCCUGAAGCCUGAUGAUGGAGCCCUGGACGAGCAGGUAAUACAGGAUGACGCCACUGCCACCACAAACACCCUUCUACCAGAGCAGGUUUUGCCUUGAUGACCAGGAGCUCAUCCACAAGUCAGUACUGGGUGCACCACCAGUGUUUUAACUGUACCAUGAGAUAGGAUGCCUGAUUCCAGGUUUACUCGGAUGCUGUGUUAACUCAAAGAGCUGAUUUCCUCUCUCGACACUUGAGAGGGCAAUUUCUGGAGAGUCCAGCUGAACUUUGUAACUGUGCCUUCACAGAGGAAGAUUUGAACAUUUUGGAAUGGCUUGGCCUGCAAUGAAUUGCGCAAAGUGUUUCUUGUCCCAUCUUCCAUGGGUUGCAGUUGCUUGCUGUUGAGGCAGUUUGCACGGGUGAGAUUUUACAUCGGGCGUCUGAACUGUGAGCCACAGAUCCAAUGUACCUUAAUUUUGAAUAAAUUAUACAACUUUUUCUUUCA